AUGGCACGUCAAAAACAAACAGCACCCUUACAACGGGCCACUUCUUCCCAACUCAUGCAUGUGCCGCCGAAUGAAACGAGUGCACAGUCACUCAAGCAGCAGAAUGGAGGUGCUGUCGCAAAUAAUCAUGUCUCUGAAGUGAAGGAUGCGACGCAAGAUACCCCUGGAUUGAUGCAGCUUGCUGUCUGCGUUCUGGGAAUCUAUGCUUCUUUUCUGUCAUGGGGUGUCCUCCAAGAAGCCAUCACCACCGUCUCCUAUCCGGUUCAACCUCCGAGCGCUGAGUUGCCCGAACCGCCCACCGAGCGCUUCACAUACUCGAUUGUCCUGAACACGAUCCAAUCCACCUUUGCCGCCAUCACCGGUUUCCUCUACCUCUUCUUCUCGACUCCGUCCGGACAGAAGGUCCCCUCCAUCUUCCCCACGCGGAAGAUCCUCUUCCCCUUGCUCCUGGUCAGCAUCUCCUCGUCGCUCGCAUCCCCCUUCGGAUAUGCCAGUCUCGCGCACAUCGACUACCUCACCUUCAUCCUCGCCAAGUCGUGCAAACUGCUCCCGGUCAUGUUCCUCCACCUGACCAUCUUCCGCAAGCGCUACCCGCUCUACAAGUACGGCGUGGUCCUUCUGGUCACGCUCGGCGUCGCGACCUUCACGCUGCACCACCCGGGCACGAGCAAGAAGGUGGCCGCCUCUGCGGCCAAGGGCCAGUCCGGCUCCAGCGCUUGGGGGAUUUUCCUGUUAUCGAUCAACCUGCUGCUGGACGGCCUCACCAACACCACCCAGGACCACGUCUUCACCUCGCCGCAGACCUACACCCGGUUCACAGGCCCGCAGAUGAUGGUCGCGCAGAACGUGCUCUCGACGCUCCUGACCAGCAGCUACCUACUGGUGAUGCCCCAUCUGUCGGCGACGGGCCUCCUGCAUAACCUCCUGCCGUUCCCGAUCCCGCCGUCCACGGAGACGGAGCUGACGGCCGCGAUCGGGUUCCUGUCGCGCCAUCCGGAGGCGCUGAAGAACGUGCUCGGGUUCGCGGCGUGCGGGGCGGUCGGGCAGCUGUUCAUCUUCUACACGCUCUCGCGUUUCUCGUCGCUGUUGCUGGUGACGGUGACGGUGACGCGCAAGAUGCUGACGAUGCUGCUGAGCGUGUUCUGGUUCGGGCACUCGCUGUCGGCGGGACAGUGGCUAGGGGUGCUGUUGGUGUUUGGCGGCGUCGGCGCCGAGGCGGUUGUGCAGCGACAGGAGAAGAAGACCAAGGAGAAGGCGCGAGCUGCCGCUGCGGCCACAAAGAAGGAGUAG